UUUUCUUUCUUAUGUACAUACUUUAUUACUUUAUAUUCAAAAAUUCAUAAUAUUAAUCACAAGGAAACAUUAUAUUUUCAAACAACAUGCUAUCACGAUACUUAACCUCACUUCCCUUCAAACUCCUCAAUAAAAAUCCAAGUAGCCUGUGGAAAUGUAAACGGUGUCAAUUUCAUGUAAGUGUGGCACGUCAGAAAAAGAAAAAAAGCAAAGGUGAUGGUCCGAAAAUAAUAAUACCUGGAAAUUGUGCUGAGUUGUCUAAACCAAUUCUUGAGCCUAUGUGUAAAAACGCUAUAGUGCUUGGAGGAUCUGAUGGCUUUGGUUUUGCAGCGGCUGAUCAUCUCUUGCUCAAAGGAGCACGUACUGUCGUAAUAGCUGACCAUGAUCCUGAAGAAGGGAGAAUGGCAGUCGAAAGACUGUGCAGUUUUCAUGGAAAAAAUCGCUCAUACUACGCUCAUUAUAAUAUAAUGAGUGAUUGCCAUAGUCACAGUAGUUUACAUGAUGCUCUUUGCAAACUCAAAACGAUUCAUAUUAUUUUUAACAAUAUUGAUAGAGAAAAGACAUCGAAUCCGAAGAUCGAAGAAAACACUAUACACAAAACGAUUCGAAUAGGCUUGGAACUUUUAGGGAAGAAUAAUGGUGGUUCUGGCGGAAUAAUAAUAAACUGUGCGAGUAUUUUCGGUUUCUUGGGAUGGCCUCAAGAUCCAUUCCCAAUUUAUUGCAACAAAGAACCUGCUAUAGAAGUCACUCGACAUUUCGCGAAAAAAUAUAAUGUGGAAACAACUGGAGUUCGUUUAGUGGCACUUUGUCCGACGAAUAAACACAUUCGCGACAUAGGAUUGCCAAUUUUUCCAGAUCCUCUUCCAAAUAAAACUAUAUGUGAAUUGCCAACUUGUAUUCCGCAUUCGAAGUAUCACAUAGGAACAGCUGUAAGUCAUAUAUUAGCGUGGGCAAAGAACGGAAGUGCUUGGUUGGUCGAACCUGCAAUCAGCGUCAAUCAAAUUCCUCAAUUACUUCAUUUUCCGGAGAAGGAAGGCGAACAAGUUGACCCCAAAGUCUAUGAAACACAAUAUUGUACUGUGAAGAUUGACCCACCCUGUGCCAAAGCUAAAGUAUGUACACCCACGAAAGAACAAAUGUGCAUAAAGAAAGAAAAAAAAGAUAAAAAAAAAAAGAAAAAAAAAGAAAAGAAAUAAAUCAUCCCUUUUUUUACAACGUAGAAUUAUGUAAUUGUUAAUUCAUCAAAUCAACUGCUGAAAUCAAACAUGUCCUGUUAAUUAUAAUGAUAUGUUAUAACGAUGUAUAAAAAUAUUUUUUGUCAACAUUCUAUAAUAUAUAUGUUUAUAAUUGUAAAUACUUCAAUAGAAAUAAAAAGGAAUAAAUAAUGUU